CGGCACUACCCUGCCAGCGCGGCAGUGAGAAGCUGGGGCCUGUUCCCUGGAGCCUCUGGAGCGCAUUUCAGGGCUUGCAUGACCUAUGUCGCUGGCUGCUCAAAACCCAGAAUAUGGCAGAUGGGGCUCGGGCCAACCCCAAAGGGUUCAGGAAGAAGGCGCUGGUUAGGCGCCCCUCUGGGUGGAGAGGUCCUUCGAGAACCUCCAGAUCUGGCCUGGGGAUGAAGAAGCUCCUUACCGUCACCCUCCUGGCCAGCAGCGUCCUGCCCUUGGCCCAGAGCAGCCUGUUCAACCUCAAGUCCAUGGUGGAAGCCAUCACGGGGAGGAACGCCAUCCUGUCGUUCGUGGGCUACGGCUGCUACUGCGGGCUGGGGGGGCGCGGCCUGCCCAUGGAUGAGGUGGACUGGUGCUGCCAUGCCCACGACUGCUGCUACCAGAAGCUCUUUGACCUGGACUGCCACCCCUAUGUGGACCACUAUGACUAUACCAUUGAAAACAACACCAACCUUGUCUGCAGCCAGCUCAACCAGACCGAGUGUGACAAACAGACGUGCGAGUGUGACAAGAGCCUGGUCCUGUGCUUCCAGAAGCAGAUAUACAGGGAAGAGCAUCGCAAUUACCUCAACAUCUACUGCCAGGGCCCCACGCCCAACUGCAGCAUCUAUGAGUCGCCCCCAACAGCGGCAGGCUGCAGCCCUGGCUCCCCAGUGCCCCCCACGCCUCCCUAGCGUCCCCUGGCGGUCUGACAGAGAAGAGGGGUGGAAGUUUGAGCUCUGGGGACCAGAUGGGUGGAGCAGGUGGAGGUGGGAGCAGAUUGGGAGUCCUCAGGCUGCCCCGCUGCCUCCUCCCUGGAGCCCUCCAGCCAGACUAGCCCUCAGAGGAUUCGGAAAAGCGUGGGCUCUCACUCUGGCCCCCGGGCUCCUCUGGCCCAGCCCUGGGUGUGGCUUUGUCCUGGACAGGGCAGGGAGCACAUGGCUUGGUGUGGGUCUCUGCUGAGUGUGGAAAGAAAAGCCUGAGAGAGACUGGGGGCCUCUGAGGGGGGCCUCUCACUGGCUCCAGCUUGACUUCCUCAGCCAGGCCCUCGAGGCUGGGCCCCAGGAUCUACCCAGACCCAGAGCCACCAACACAGGCCCAGAGCUUGAUGUGUCCUGAGAUGUGGUUCCCUGGCAGACACAGUGCUGGUCACAAGGCCUGGGUUCUGGAGGCCCCUUGGCUGUGCCCACAGGCUGACUCAGGGUGAUCCCUGUUUGGGGACCUUGCAGCUCUCGAGAGCCCCAUUAAAGAGCAGUGGUUCCUUCCCGGCUUUUGUCGAGGUGGCACAGGCGUCCUGGCCCAGACGCCACAGUAUGGCCACAGGGUUUAUGUCCCAACCCUAAAGUCUGUCCUCAGUCACCCAAAGUGUCACAGAGCAGAUUCCUGGGCACUGACAGAACCAAUGCACACACACACAGGGACCGGGAAGGGGGCAGGCUCCAACAUGCCCCCAACUCAGGUCGUCCUUCCGAUCCACACAGUGACCCACUCCCAUAAGAGACACACCCUGGCCAUGGCCCUGCCACACUUAACUGCCCUGAGCAGCACCCCAACCCCAGUUCCCUGGGUCCCUGACAAAUAGGGAAGGGGGCGAGACCUGGGCCCUCCCCCUGUGCUUCCCAUCCUUCAGCAGCCAGGCCAGGGGGUGGAAAGACCCAGAACCCUACCCCCAGGCAAGGAGAGGCAAGGCUGCAGCCUCGCAACAGAUGGGGAGGAAGUCAAGGGCUGGGACCUGCCUCAGUCAAGAAAGAGCAAAGGCAGGAGAGUGAGGGGAAGGUUCCAGAAGGCAGUAGCGAAGGAGCAGGAUGUGAAGAGGGAAGUGAGAGGAGAAGUGGGAGAGAGGUGAGACAAGGUGAGGACCAGAGAGGUCUUGGCAGGAGGAUUGGGUAGAGGCGCCUUGGGGGGGGCCGGCCCCCCUUGAGCCUGGGUUCCCUUUGGCCCAUGGGGCUAUGGGCAGAGGAAGAGGAAGAUCCGGCCAGCUCUCUGACUCCGCCCCAGCACUGUUGUUUCCCCAGGUGUGCUGCCCACUUCCUCGCCUCACCUCUUGACCUCCGGGUCAGCAGCCUCCAAGUAGCCAGUGUGUCCUGCCUCACCUCGCCUUCUGCCCUCAUCCGUCACCAACCCCAAGGACCUGCUGGUGCAGCACUAUGACCUGCUGGGACACUGAGAACGUCCACCUGGAAGCUCAGCCUACCCUGGGGCCCUGAAAGGCCACUGUCAUGGGGGUGGGGAGAGGGACAGCCAAGACGAGGGGUGCCCAGAGGGUUGUGGGGGUUGCAGAGAGCACGUCUACAAAAAAAACUGCAGGACUAGAUGGAGCCCUGCCAAGCUGCAGCAUCUAGAACAUCUGCUUUGGGGCUGUGGAUGAGGCUGCAGGCUGGAGUCAGCCGUCAUGACCCUCCCACUGGCCCCCUCCUGCUGUCCUGCUGGCCACGGUGGCAGGACUGGACCUGCCUUGUCACUGAGAUGGUCUCAGGAGCCCAGCUAACAAACCACCUUCUCCUCACCGUGCUGGGUUGAACCCCUCAUCUCUGAGCUGAAGCCCCCAACCCCUGCCACCCACCAAGCAGGGGUGGAGCCAGGAUGGGAGUCCCAUGAAAGUAACCCUGCAGAGGCCUGAGCCUCUUAGCUGUGGGAGCCCAGGUUUCUGGCUCUGCCCCUCUGCAGGGGCACACACCUCCCCAUCCAGAAAUUUUGGGUAUUGGGAUGGGAUUCUGCUGCUAAGGGGUCCUGCCUGCCCCACACAUCACCCCAGACUCCUCCAGAUGCUGCAACCCCAGAGACUCUCUGCAGGACUUGGCACCCCUCUUCAAACUAAUAAAUGCCUCCUGUCCGAA